CGCAACCACCACAGCAACCAGAAGAUAACAACAAUCAUGGUCGGACUGCUCUCGACGAUGGUGAUGACGCUCGCGACGACUGCAUUUGCCCAGAUGGGCGGCUGGGCGCCCGUGACCGACCCGAGUGUCCAGACGGCGCUCACGGCCAUUGUCUCCGACCCCGCCAACUACCCCAAUACCACCACGCGUCUCUGCGCCACCGACGUGGCGUGGGCCACACAGCAAGUCGUUGCUGGCGUCCAGUACCACGUUGGCGUCCACGGGUGCGCGACGACCGCGACCUCCAACUGCUCGUGCAAUGGCCAGCGCCACGCGUAUAUGGUGACGGUGCUCGAGGCCAUCAACGAGCCCGUGCGCAUCACAGACGUUGUGUCCACUGUCGAGACGGGUCUUGUUGGCGGCGUCACGGCGCCGGCCCCCGCGACGGCGGACGACAAGCUGCUGUACGUGCGCGCCGUGACCAAGGACGCCAACUUUGCGUCGGCGAGCGUGCCCCGUGUGUGCCCCGUGCAGUUUGUGUCCGUGGCCAAGCAGGUCGUGAGCGGCAUCAAGUACAUUUUUAUCGUGCGGGGCUGUCCUCUCGUGCCCGCGGGUCCGCUCAACAAUGUAUUUGACUGCGCGUGCGAGGCGCCCAAGACGUACCGCGUCGAGAUCUACGAAGAUGCGACGCGCCGCAUUCAGGUCACAAAGGCCGUCGUGCAGACCUAA